AUGAGGAAGCGCGUAGAUCCGCGUGUGAAAACUCUAGUAGAGCACUGCGUGCUAUUGCACCAGCGUGCUUUUCUUGUUAUUAUAGGCGACCGCGGUGCCGAGCAGGUUGUCAAUCUUCACUACCUGCUCCAGCAGCUGAACGUUGGGUCUUACCUAGGCAAAAACAGCAGUAUAUUAUGGUGUUAGAAGGACCUGGGGUUUAGUUCGCACCGCAAGAAGCGCAACAAGCAACUGAAAAAGAAGAUGCAGAGGGGCCUGUACGACCCUUGCAGAGACGAUCCCUUUGAGUUGUUUCUCUCGUCAACAGAAAUUCGUUAUUGUUAUUACAAGGAGACACACGCCAUAUUGGGUAGUACGUACACCAUGCUUGUGUUGCAAGAUUUCGAGGCUCUCACUCCGAAUAUUUUAUGUCGCACCAUUGAAACAGUUCAAGGAGGUGGUCUCGUAUGUCUGUUGCUGCGGUCGUUUUCUUCGUUGCAGCAGCUCUACGGCUUGUGUAUGGAUUUUCAUGCGCGCCUUCGCUCUUCUGCCAGGAGGUGGAGGAGAAUACAACCACGUUUCAAUGAGCGAUUUUUUUUGUCGCUGACCCGCUGUAGAAACUGUUUAAUGGUUGACGAUGAACUUAAUGUGUUACCUUCUGCUGCAUACGAAGCGACAUUAGAGAUAGCGGGAAAUCAAGGGGACUCAAAAGAGAGUAAGUCUUCAAAUAUAAGGAAAGAAAGAGAAAUAUUACUACGACGUCAGCAGCAGAUAUUAGCAGAUAAUGAAAAGCAGCGAGCACAACUUCGAGAACUGCAACAACAAUUUAAAGGAAUACCGCCAGUGGGACCUCUUGUAGAGCUUUGUGUUACUUCUGACCAAGCGAAGGCUGUUUUGGCAUUUCUCGACUGCCUUGCGAGUGCAUCAUCGACUUCGUAUAAUACAGCUACUGCAGCAGCCGGGGAGUGGAGAGCCUCAGCAGCAGCAACAGCAGCACGAAGAAGAAACUUUGGAUAUGAAACCUUUGCUGUGACCGCAGCAAGAGGUAGAGGCAAAAGCGCUGCUCUCGGUCUUGCUGUAGCUGCUGCUAUUGCUUAUGAUUAUGCAAAUAUAUUUGUCUGCGCACCCGGCGCAGAAAAUGUCAAGACUCUUUUUGAAUUUGUCGUGAAGGGUCUCGUGGUAUUGGGACUAAAAGAGCACGUGGAUUUUACUGUGAAGAGGGAGGACGCGGCAGCGGCUGCGGCUGCUGCAGCCACGGCAUCGUACAGUAGUGGCAUGCAGAGCAGCACCAGUAGUAGUAGGGGAGGACUGGGGCGAUUCGUUGUCGGUCUGGAAGUCCGAAGAAGAAAUGCACAACAUAAACAAAUUAUUUCCUUCUUGCCAGCCGCUGCUUCUACUACUGCAGUGGGGGGACAGAAAGACGUGGGAGCUACUGCCUUGCAUAAUGCUGACCUGCUCGUGAUUGACGAAGCUGCAUCUAUCCCCAUUCCGUCUGUCAAACGUCUCUUCGGCCCAUACGUAGUCCUCUUCUCUUCCACCGUAAAUGGCUAUGAAGGCACUGGACGCGCAUUAUCGUUGAAGCUCAUACAAGACCUCAAGCAGAAUCGCUUUGCUUUGCAACAGAGGGGAACUGCAGGCAGUUUCCGAUGUCUAAAGGAGGUAUCACUCCUCACUCCUAUUCGCUAUGCCUUUGGUGAUGGAGUCGAAGCCUGGCUGCAUGACCUUCUCUGUUUAGACGCCACGCAACCUGCGAAACUUAGUCAGGCGGCGUUACCACCUGCCUCGCGUUGCAGCUUAUAUUUAGUAGACAGAGACGCUUUAUUUUCGUAUCACGCAGCGGCGGAGAACUUUUUGCAUGCGCUGCUGUCGCUAUUCGUCUCUUCCCACUACAAAAACUCCCCUAAUGACUUGCUGCUCCUCGCGGAUGCCCCUGCUCACCUUCUCUUCGUCCUCUUACCACCCAUUCACGACGCCUCUGUCCUCCCGGAUAUAUAUUGUGCUAUACAGGUCGCUAUAGAGGGAGCGCUGUCGAAGCAGGCAAUUCGGCAGGCCCUGGGACGUGGCCUGCGACCCUCUGGAGAUUUGUUGCCGUGGACCCUCUCGCAACAUUUUGUUGACGAAGACUUCGGCUGCCUCACUGGUGCGCGCAUAGUUCGAAUCGCUUGUCACCCGUCUUUACAACGUUUGGGGUACGGCAGCGCGGCUCUGCAGCAACUGAUUGAAUACUUCGAAGGGAGGAAUGUGACUAUUACAGACCUUCUUACUAACAACCUGCUCGCAUCAGCAGCGCCAGAAUCUGACGAGGAUGAUGCGGAGAGUAGUGAGGGCCACGUGGACGAUGGGGAGGAGGGCGCAGGAGGAGCGCUAGAAGAGGAGAAGGGCGAAGAGGAGGAAGACAAGGCAACAGGUGGGAGGCGGCAAAGUGACAAUGGUGUACUACAAAAUGCCGGUGGAAAGAAGACGACUACUUCGUGUUCACAUGCAGAAGACGUCUCGGCUGUCGCUGGCGGAUUUGCGGACGCUUCUGCAACUGCCGCUGACGCUCCAACGAGUACUGCUGCUGUUGCUAAUAAUAAUAAUAAUAUUAAUGAUAAGUGUGAAGCCGCUGCUGAUGAUGAUGGUGCUGUUGCCAAGAAGACGUUUGUAGCAUCACUAUCUCGCAAGGCUCUGCGUCAGAGAAAUACACUGCCUCCCUUACUGUUGCCUUGCAGCAGUACCCCGCCUGCCUUCCUUAUUCAUUAUAUCGGAGUCGCCUUCGGCCUUACCUCUCAACUCUUUCGCUUCUGGAGUCGUAAAUACUUCAUACCCGUCUAUUUACGUCAUGUACCAACAGAUGUAACUGGAGAACACAGUUGCAUCAUGCUGCGCCCCGUCACGUGCAGUGCUGCUGCCUCUGUGGCUCCUGCAAGCCAACCGCCGCACAGCGCGGAUGCUCAUUCAGUUAUAGCGUGUGACUGUGCUGUGUAUUACAGACAUCAGCAUGAAAGAAAUGUGUCUUCAAUUGUCAGAGGACUGUGGGUCAUUGCCUACACUCACGAAGAAUUUGUGAUGUCCCUUGUGAGUUUACAUAUGACGACUAUGUCGGAGAGAGAGAAGCCGUGGAAGUCUCUUGUAAAAAAAGAGGAAGGGCGCAACAACAAAACUGCGGGGUAUGAGCAGGGCAAGUAUUGUGUACAGUACCUGUGGCGGUCUCACGUCUGGUGGGCGUAUAUUAAAAAGCGCAGCCAGCGGUACAUCAGCCCCACCGCUGGCGUAGUGACUGCCUUCCAGUGGCGUUUCCCGA